CUCUGUUAACCUGGUAACGCGGUCUCUGUGUUAACCUGGUAACGCGAUUUCUGUUAACCUGGUAACGCGGUCUCUGUGUUAACCUGGUAACGCGAUCUCUGUUAACCUGGUAACGCGGUCUCUGUGUUAACCUGGUAACGCGAUCUCUGUUAACCUGGUAACGCGGUCUCUGUGUUAACCUGGUAACGCGAUCUCUGUUAACCUGGUAACGCGGUCUCUGUGUUAACCUGGCAACGCGAUCUCUGUUAACCUGGUAACGCGGUCUCUGUGUUAACCUGGUAACGCGAUCUCUGUUAACCUGGUAACGCGGUCUCUGUGUUAACCUGGUAACGCGAUCUCUGUUAACCUGGUAACGCGGUCUCUGUGUUAACCUGGUAACGCGGUCUCUGUGUUAACCUGGUAACGCGAUCUCCGUGUUAACAUGAUAACGUAGUCUGUUAACCUGAUAACGUUGUCUCUGCGUUAACCUGGUAACGCGAUUUCGGUGUCAACCUGGUAACGCGAUCUCCGUGUUAACCUGGUAACGCGAUCUCCGUGUUAACCUGAUAACGUAGUCUGUGUUAACCUGAUAACAUAGUCUCUGUGUUAACCUGGUAACGCGAUCUCCGUGUUAACCUGGUAACGUAGUCUGUGUUAACCUGAUAACAUAGUCUCUGUGUUAACCUGGUAACGCGAUCUCCGUGUUAACAUGAUAACGUAGUCUGUGUUAACCUGAUAACAUAGUCUCUGUGUUAACCUGCUAAUGGAGGGUCUCUAAAUAUAAUAACGUGGGUUAUCUGUGUUAACCUGAUAACGUCGCUUCUCUGUUAACCUGGUUACGCGAAACCUCUUGUGUCGACCUGGGGUUUGAUACGUAUACAGUCCUACCACCCAAGCCAGCAGAAGUCAUAAGCCUGAGAAUUCACUUGGGGAAUGCGAGGUGGUACGGUGUGGAGCACACAUCAUUUAGAUUUAAACACAUCACCACUGAUAUUUACCAAUUAAUGAGACCAUACCCUUAUUGCUGAGAAUUAUCAUUUUACCAUGACUAUAACAGUAAAAAAAAAUGGUGCCAAUCAAUACAAACCUUAGCGCAUGUUUACAUUGACGGUUUAAAAAUGCCACAAGCUGUUAAAGUUGUGACCUUGUGACGAACAUUUAGCUCGGUACCAGUGCUGAUGGGAAAGUGCUUUCACCCCCUCCCUGUUGUGCAGACCCAGUGGUCACAUGAAACAGGGAUCUCGCAGGUAGCUCUGUAAUAUCCGCUUCUGUGGGUUGCACUUCUAGGUGAGAAUUCUGAAUUAGUUAUUUGUCUCGUAACUUGAAACUGAUAGCACAUCGAGAGGCCUGGCAAUGGAGGGGACCGUCUUUUCCUCUCUGUUGUUAGACGCGAUGUCUGAUGUCUUGCUCCCCCCAUCAAGCCUAGCAAAAACAUCUGACAUCGUGCCGAACAACGGACGGCACAACCAAAAAACACGUCGGAGACGCGCUGGUACGGGACACAACCGCAAAACACGUCUUCCUCUACAGCAUCUUCCAUCACGUUCCCCUUCCCGUGUCAGCGAGCGGUGACCAGGAAGCCAGCGACUGAGCGAUGGCGGCGGUAGUGGCGGUGGCGGCGGCGGUGGGGGGGUCCGUGAACCCGCGGCAAGACUUCCCCGCGUGGCUUGCGGCUCAAGGCAUGAGCAUGAGCGUGGCGGAGGCGGUGAAUCGCGAGCUCGGCAUCGGCGACUACGAGGCGCUGCUGGCGUGCGCCGAACAGUCGCACGUGCGUGCCGAGCUGUUCGCCGCCGCGCGCGAACGCUUGCCCUUCGCCUUCUACGCCGUGUUGCGCCGCGUGGCCGAGGCGUCCGCCCCCGCGUGCCGGGACGGCGGUGGCGGCGUCGUGCCGGGCUCGCCGGGUGGCCACGUGUCGGCGGUGCGGCCGUUCCUGAGCGGCCUCCUGGACGCCAUCGUGGUGAUGCUCAACAGUCUGAGCCAGGAGCUUCUGCAGUCGGCGGAGCGGUUCACCCGCCUGGAGCCGGCGCUGUACGGCGGCACGCUGGACGACGGCGGAGCGGGGGAUGGCGUGACCGUGCAGGAUAACGCUGGCUCAGAAGCGGGAGACGGUUCGGCCUACGACGGGGCCCACGACGGGGCCCACGACGGGGCCCACGACGGGGCCCACGACGGGGACCACGACGGGGACCACGACGGGGCCCACGACGGGGCCCAUGACUUGACUGAAGCCUCGGGGGAACUGCAGGAGAACUGCGACGCGCAGGACAACAACAGCCUCUGGGAGACGACGAACAUCAAGACGGAGCAAGCGUACGAAGAGCUGGAAGACUGGCACGUGGAGGGAGACACUGGGGUGGGAGAAGAUAGCGACGACGGUGAAACCAACUGGGACGUGGACGUGAAGGCGGACGACAUGAAGAACGCCGGCGACGCGUGCGACCUGAAAAAAGAGGGCAGCGAGCCCCUGCGCCACGCGGCGGACGGAGGGACCCCUCCACUCGCCCCGGCGAGGAAGGCCCCGGCACCCCGGGGGUUCCCCGCAUGGCGGCCAUUCGCCGGCGCCGCGGGGGAGGGAGGGAGCGGCCGUGUGGGCGUGCGCCAGCGCGGCUCCGGCUCGGCUAACGGCUCGGAGUCGCGGACCAGGGGGGGCGGCGGAGGCGGCGGCGACGACGGAGCGGCGCUAGGAUGGCUCCCGUGCGAGCGGCGGGAGCAGCACGCGUGCCCGAGCGCGCGCGGCCUGGCGGCACCCGGCGCCGGCAACGCGAGCCAGCAGCGAUCCGCCGAGUGGGGGGAGCCCCGGGGCUGGUACGGCUUCACCUACUCCCAGGUGCCGGGCCCCGCCGGCGCCCAGUUCAGCGCGGGGGACCUGGAGCCGCACGGCACGCGGGGGGGGGCGGCGCCGGCCCCCUCGCACCCCACGCGCGGCGACGCGGCCUUCGGCGGCGGCGGCGGCAGCCGGGCGAAGAAGGCGGCGGCGGCGGCGACGGCGCAGCACGGCGGGCGGUGCGGGCAGCUGCAGUGCCACGUGUGCCGGGCCAGCUUCCGCUACCAGUGCUUGCUGGCAUUGCAUAUGCGCAAGCACACGGGCGAGAAGCCCUUCUCGUGCGAGCUGUGCGGCAAGACCUUCUCGCUGUCGCACAACCUGUCGCGGCACAAGCGCAUCCACCGCGGCGAGACGUUCGCGUGCGAGGUGUGCGGCAAGCACUUCUCGCGCUUCUACAUGCUGGCGCACCACAAGAAGGAGAUGCACGCCCUGAAGCCCCUGGGGGAGCCCGCUGGGGAGGAGCAGCACGGAGUGUUCGAGGGAUGAGACGCCGCUUUUGCCGCUCUCUUCUCGCUGGGAUUUUCGACCGCGGUCCAGGCCAUGGCACCGCGGAGGCCUGCACCGUCGUAGGACACAUUGAGAGUUGUCGCUCCGAGCCGGCGACCUUGAUCCGGUGAACUGUUGUCGCACUGGGAGCUGCUUUGGUGCAGAGAGGUCAUCUUUUUAAUUCCUUUUUGAUAGGUUUGUAAUUUGGACUCUUUUGCUCGGGUCGUGUUUUCAGAGUCGGAAGGUGACGUGGAAGUGCACCGUUGUGUGCGCGCGCAGCUCGGACACGCCUACUCUGCUCGCGGUCAGCGUCGUUGGUAAACGUUCACCGUGCUUGCAUCACGUCGUUACAAACUGGGAACUCCGCGCUCUGCAGACGCCUCGCGGCCUUCGCCGCUGGGGGCAAACUAUCUGCCGUGGCGGACGUGACAUGCCGAAUUAAAGUAAUACAAGUGUUUUUUUUAUCGAUCACAGUUGGUGGCGUGAAAGAGAAAUUGCCACUUCCAACAUAACAAGAGUUUGUGUUGACACGAUGAAGUAUUGGCCAAUGUGUGAGCUGUGGACCGGUAGGAGACGGCAAAUGACACGGAUUUAUCCCCCUUCAUAAACCAAAUAAAUAACCGCAGUUUGCCACGAUCUCUAUAGCAAGGAUCGAGAGACGACUCGGGUCGCUGCCGCGUGCGCAGUGGCGGCGGCGAUCGCGGCGUCUUUCACGGACUCGGGGGCACGAGGGAGAGGGGUGCGCGUUUCGCGUUUUUGACCGAGCGGUCUGCGAAAUUUUGUUUCUGUCGUGGCAAUAAGCACAGCGAGUGAAAACCAAACGAACCGUGGUGCAUGCAAGCUUAAUGUCCGUGGGUGCCAAGAACUCUUUUGUAUCAUGUUCCACACGCGCGCGCCACGCCGUGAUGAUGCGAGGCGUAGCCGCAAGGGUUUGUGAAGCCUGUGCUCGUCCAGGGCUCGUAGACACGCUGGAGUCCAGGGGGUGAAUGUAGUGAAUCGAAAUCCCGCGGUGUGUGUGUGUGUGUAGUCGGUGAUGAAGCGGUGAGGGUGGCAGCCGCUGCUUGUCGCGUACACACUUGUCUGCCAUGCAAAUAUAACUUAAGGGAUGCAAACAUG